GAGAGAAGGCGGUGACAGAAGUGGCCUCCUGGACGUGAUGGUCUUCCUGAGCCGAUGGUCUCGGCUAAACCAGGCUCACGGAAAAACAGCUCCCUCGGUGUGAACGUCAGCGCGUGCGCGGUCUCCUCCAUCAUCCCAGUCUUUUGCAUCGAAGCCUGUAGUCUCAGUCGGCGGAGACUGUGGAAAUACAGGAGAGGAAAAGAAAGGAAAUCCAUGGGUUCGCAGAGCAGCGGUCCGUGAGCUGGGGAUAGGAUAUAUCUCGCCUUGAAGAAAAAAAAAGAAAGAAAAGAAAAAACCCAGCGUCACGGAAAAUCACGGAAUUCAGCACCAAUCUGUGCACAAGGCUUAAGGAUAGAAAGCGGUGGGGAAACAGGAUCCUGACAUGGCUGACAACGAAGAAGGUUCUGGGCUCCAAAAACCUCCAAAUGAUCUCGAUUCAAAGGAUUUACAUGAGAGUAAAGCGGAGAAACAAAAUGGAAGCUCCAGCAAAUCUCCAUCAUCCCAAACAACUUACAUUCAACAGGGAAUGGAGGGAAUAAAAGUUUACUUACACGAACGUGAAUUGUGGAUGAAAUUCCAUGAAGUAGGAACGGAAAUGAUCAUCACUAAAGCAGGGAGGCGAAUGUUCCCGAGCUUCAAAGUGAAGGUCACUGGACUGAACCCCAAAACGAAAUACAUUCUCCUGAUGGAUGUCGUGCCAGCGGACGACCACCGCUAUAAAUUCGCCGAUAAUAAAUGGUCAGUGACAGGAAAGGCAGAACCCGCAAUGCCCGGCCGGCUCUAUGUGCAUCCCGACUCUCCAGCCACAGGCGCGCACUGGAUGCGACAACUCGUCUCCUUCCAGAAACUCAAACUCACCAACAACCACCUCGAUCCUUUUGGACAUAUCAUUUUGAACUCGAUGCAUAAAUACCAGCCAAGGAUCCACAUUGUAAAGGCGGAUGAAAAUAACGGUUUCGGCUCCAAAAACACCGCCUUCUGCACUCAUGUGUUCCCCGAAACAUCGUUCAUUGCGGUCACGUCUUACCAGAACCACAAGAUUACUCAGCUAAAGAUUGAGAACAAUCCUUUUGCAAAGGGCUUUCGUGGCAGCGAUGAUAUGGAACUGCACCGCAUGUCAAGAAUGCAGAGCACCAAGGAGUAUCCAGUGGUUCCUCGAAGCACAGUACGUCAAAGAGUUGGUGCCAGUCAAAGUCCCUUUAGUGGCGACAUUCAGGGGAUGCCAACACCCAGCAGCAUGAGCUCUCAGUACUCCUGUGAGAACGGAGUUACCAGUACCUCCCAGGAUCUCCUGCCUCAGUCCAGCUCCUACCCAUUACCCCAUGAACACAGCCAAGACUAUCACUGCAUCAAGAGAAAAGUUGAGGAUGACUGUCACACAGAUCACUCCUAUAAGAAGGCCUACAUGGAGAGCUCAUCUAGCGAAGACGACCAUUACUACCGCCCUGUCAGCUAUUCUCAAACGCUGGGCCUUUCCACUGCCCCUUAUCGGACCGAGUCUGGACAGCGGCAGGCGUGCAUGUACGCCAGUGCUUCACAAGCCAGCGAGGCUGUUCCAAGCCUAGAAGACAUCAGCUGCAACACCUGGGCCAGCGUGUCCCCUUAUAGCAGUUGUUCCAUGCAACCUAUGGAGCGGUUGCCUUACCAGCACUUCUCUGCCCACUUCACCUCCAGCCCUCUAGUGUCCAGGUUGAGUGGAGUGGCUGGCCAUGCCUCGCCACAACUGGGUGAUGCCCACGCUAUGUACCAGGGCUCGAUGCCCCACCAGACUCUCAGCCGUCAGUGUAGCCCUGGAGCAGGAAUCCAGUCACCCAGUGCUAGCCUGCAGGGGAAUGAAUACUUGUACACACACGGUAUUCCUCGCACCCUAUCGCCCCACCAGUAUCAUGCUGUCCACAGUGUAAGCAUCAUGCCUGAAUGGAAUGAGGGCAGCUAACUGGAUUCUCAUACACUCCAUACAAUAUUGGAGUUGCACACGCAAAGGCAUAUGUGUAUAUUUAUAUUUUGAAGCUCUUCACCACACCAGCAGUCAUGUGAUUUUUGUCAUUGAGUUUGGACACAGAUGUUGUAACCGAUUGCUUGGAUACAUGAUAAAUUGGUUCAAAUAGCAAUGAAUGUCUGAGCUGUUGUCCAGUGUGAUUGUUUUGUUUUAUUACAACGCAGGAAAACAGAUUUAUUAAUACUAUGGGAAUUUUUUUACCAUGUUCUGUAAAUUGUAUAUUGUAUUCUGUAAAUCAGAGCUGAAGAUAUGCCAUGUAAUUACAGUUCAUUUUUAAUCAGAGGAUGCACUUGGGACUGCCCCGAUUUUAUAUACUUCUUUUUAAAAGCAAAACAGAAAUUGAAAAGUCCAUUUUUAUAGCAUUUUUCCUCUUGAUGUUUGUGUUAUGUUUUGUUUUUGUACUCCAGGACAAGUCCUUAAGAUGUAUUGUUGAAUUGUCCAUGUUUGGCCAUUUGUCCAAGUCUCAAAAGCAUUUAUCAGUGGACACAUUCAUGUCAAAUUCACAAAUUCUGUUUGGAGUACUGGCAUUUAGUGAGUGCAGAUAAAUGCACAAAGUAGUUUUACACAUUCAAGGUACAAAUUUGUAGGAUGUAUAAUUGAUUACUCUGCUCAAGUAGCUGUUUGAAAAGAAUAUUUUCAACUGUCAUUUCAUAAUAUCAGAGGGAGAUGAUACGUACCACACGCCAUUACUUGUGAUUGCCAUUUAAUGGAUUAGUAAUUAAGUAAUUUUAAUAGCACUAUUAUAGCUAAUGCUAACCGUCAUAGACCAGUAGGUCCCUUAUAACAAAGUUAUAAACCAGCAGAGUGGAGGCAUAUUUUUUUUAAAAGCAAAAAGGUACAAAUCUUUUUCAAAUGACUCACCAUUCAAUACUUGGCGCUACAGGCACCCACCCCAACAGAUGUCAAAAUGAUGUUUCAAUAAUAAUCUUCUUAUUAUUAAACAAAAACAGUAAAAACAUAACUGUUAGUUAAAGCUGAAUGUCUGUAUGGAAUAAUGGUGUACAGUCACUACAUUUCUUCCUGUUAAUAGUAUUUAUUUUUUGUUAUUAUGAAGCCUAUCAGUGUUUUAUCUGCAAUAUUUGUUUGUCUGUCUUUUCUAGUAUGUAAGUUUAACUUAGAUUCUUCUCUUUUUUUAGGAAAAAAACGGACUGGUUUAGAAAUUCUGACAUCUAUUGACAGGUGACAGAAGGACAAUUUGAAGAAACAAUAUAAAAAUAAUUUGUAAAUAAAAAUACAAAUGUACAUAGAAAACA